GAAGAUCUCGCGAAGUUCUAAAUGAGAGAAAGGCACUCCUCUCUCUGUCUCUCUCUCUCUCUCUCUAAGGCCCGCUCCCUCAACCUCAGUCCUCAGAUAUACCAUGGCCCUGAGAGCAUGUGGCUUGAUCGUCUUCCGAAGACACCUCAUUCCCAAGGUGGACAGCACUGCAAUUGAGUUUUUGCUGCUGCAGGCAUCAGAUGGCAUUCAUCACUGGACUCCUCCCAAAGGCCAUGCAGAACCAGGAGAAAAUGACUUGGAAACAGCCCUGCGGGAGACACAGGAGGAAGCAGGCAUAGAAGCAGGCCAGCUGACCAUCAUUGAGGGGUUCAGAAGGGAGCUCAGUUAUGUGGCCAGGGAGAAGCGUAAAACAGUCAUCUACUGGCUGGCGGAAGUGAAGAACUACGACGUGGACAUCCGCCUCUCCCCUGAGCACCAAGCCUACCGCUGGCUGGGACUGGAGGAGGCCUGCCAGUUGGCACAUUUCAAGGGGAUGAAGGCAGUGCUCCAAGAAGGACACCAGUUUCUCUGUUCCACAGCAGCCUGAGCUGACCCGAGCAGUCAUUUGCCUCAGUGGGAUCCUUGAGGGCCUUCUGAGAUGAACCCUCCUUCAGCUCCGGGGAAGUUUGUGCUGGUCUUUGGUUCAUCAUAGCAAAGACAGAUAGUUUAGUAACAUUAGCUGAGGACUGUCAGGCUAGCAAACAAAAAUCUCAGCUGGGUGGAAUGGAAGGCAAAGAAGGAGUAAAAAAAUAAAAACAAACUAGGCCCAGUAAAUGCAUCCUUUUACUUUAUAGAUAAAACUACAAGCAGCUUAUCUGUCCUAACCUCCUGUGUUUACUUCUUGGACUUUGCCCAUGAUGGGGAGAAGAAAGGUAAAGUGAAUCAGAGCUCCAGCUUUAGCCAGAGGGAAUCCUGUGUCCGUGCACUGUAUCUCAGAGAAGCUAAGGCAGAGAGUUAGAUGAGAGAUCCAGCUGCCGGGGUGGCUCUCCGAGCUCUCUCAUUCCACCCACCAGUGUACCUGACUGAGAUCUAUAGUUGGACAGGAAGUAAAAGCUAGUGAAGCUGGAGUGCAGGCUUUGGGUCUGUUCUGCUUACUAAUGUAUAUCUCCCCAGCACCAGGCACAUAAUGCUGUAGGUGCUCAAUAAAUGUUUUCUAAAAAAUUAGAGACCCAAGGGACUUUGGGAGAUAUGCCAGGUCACAAUAGAGAGAGAAGGGACAGGCGGCCCUUGACUGCUAGGUCAGUGAUACACACAUCCAGGCCUCUCUGCCCAGUCCUUCCUCCCAGAGUUAGCCUGGGCCUUGUCAGCAUGACUAAGUCAUUGGCAAGAGGCAGGCCCAGGCCUUGGGGACUGCUUGGCCACCUAGUAGCCCUGUCACUACACUUGUGCAUUCCUCAUCUACAGCUGCCUUCACCUUUAGCAAGCCCUCAUCAUUGUUUCUCUCUUCCCACCCACUCCCUUUCUCCACAAUUCAACCCAGAGGCGCAAGAGCUGGGUCUCCGCCUUCUUCUCUUGCUACUAGAGCUGAAGGAAUGCAGGACAGGUGUUAGGUCCUACAGCCCUUCCAGGAGCUUUUAGCAGCUAGAUUCAUGUGGAUUUUAUUAGAGGUUGUUACCCAAUGAAGUGCAGAAGAUUGGAAGGGAAGGGGCAUUGGCAAAGGUCAACCUGGAUUACUAGGGUUAAGAACAGCCACCCCUAAAGAAAAGAGAAGUCACCCAGGUCUUAAACAGGCUUCCAGAUGUUUUCAGUCACUAGUUCUGUGUGCAGACAGGGCAAAAAUACUAGUGAACAGGAUCUUGGAGCACUGCCCGGGACCUGAAUGGUUUUGUUCCUCACCCCUCUGAGUAGCAAUCUCUGAAGGAGGCCUGCUGCAGGAAGUUUUUGGAGCUUAAUGUUCUCUUUCCAGGCCAGCAGGGACCACAUCCCACUGAUUUAAUAAAUGCCUGCUAGGCAGUGGUGCCAAACCACAGACUGGCUGCCUCCUAACAAGGGCUGGCCGGCCUUGUGCUCUCAGCAUGGGAGGCUGUGGGAUCUCGAGAUGCUAGAACCUCAUACAUCACAGUUGGAAGGGACUGGAAAAUGACCUGAUUAUGCUCCUCGUUUUUAUAGCCGGAGAAAAUGAGGCUUAAGAAGGUAUACAACCCUGGCAGCAGCCUAUAUGUGGGGUGCUUUAAGGAUGAGGUGCUAAAGGGAAGACUGCUCUGGAAUAUCUUGUAUAUUCCAAAUGACUUUGGAGUCAUUCCUCUAGGCCUUAACAGACUUUUCCAUUAAAACACGGGUAUUUGGAGAAGGCAUGCCCCCAUAAAUUGUAUUUAGCUGCAGAAUUGCAAAAGAAUUGACAGCAGAGUGGGAUCAGGCAUGUUAUGGGAUGUGGAUGAGGGUGGGAGAGAGUGGAGCUGAGGUUGGGAUGUGACACAUAAGUACAAAUCAACAUCCAUUUGCUCUGACUAGCUUGACGUAUGGGGUUGAGACCAGCUGCUCUUUCAAUCUGAGGCCCUCCAAGCUCCAGAGCAUCUCCUCCUGGAAGCUUUCCCUAGUAACUACCCAUUCCGUGAACACUGUUCUCCCAACCUCCCCAAAGAGGUUCCUCUUGGAACUCAACCUGUUUUCCCCAGGAGCACCUAGUAGACAUAUCCCUUCCAGGGUAAUCUUAAAUUGCCUUCUGGGGCAUUUAGUAAAGACUCUGGAAAACCAAAAUGCCCUCUGGAACCCCAAAAGCAAUACCUUACACUCUAACACUAGGAACUUGUUUGCUGAAUUGGAAGACCCAAGAGAAUGAAGUUAUAAUGGUAGUUUUGGUAGAAUUUCAACUGGAAUACAUGUGCAGGUAUGGGACCCCAGGUGGGUCCCCAUGUUUAGGUAGCAGAGGCUGACUUCUCCAUCUGUCCAGCCUGUGGCCCACUGUCCCUUCUUUCUGGAGGAUGGUGGGCCAGCCCCACUGCUGCCUCCAUGAAGCUGUGCUACAAGAGUCCAGUGAGGCCUGCUCUCUGCCUCUCCCCGACCCCUCCCCACUUUUGUUUUCCUUCCCCUCUCAUUCCACCCCCUGCUCAGGAUUGAGUAAUAAGGAGUUCUCAACUGGAUUCCCUGGGGAGGGGAAAGGGAGUUAGGGAGGGAAAAACAGCACAAGGCUACAAAGUUCAGAGGCACCACCUCUUCCUAAUCUUCAGACUGGGAACUCUCAGGGAUAGGCCUCUUCCUAUCCUAUCUUUUUCCAUUCCUCCCCCAACUCCACCACAGCCAAAUUGGGGGCUUGCCACAUAAUGCCAAGAAUUUUCCCAUCCCCCAUUGGGUGAAGGGAGUGAAAAGGGACAAAUUUCCAGUUGUAAAAUGAAUGUCAUGGGAUGUAAUGUACAGCCUGGUGACUAUAGUUAAUACUGUGUUGCAUAUUUGAAAGCAGCUAAGGGAGAUCUCGGAUGUUCUCAUUACCAAAAAGAAAAAAAGUUCUUGUAACUGUAUGGUGAUGAGUGUGAACUGGAUUUACUGUGGUGAUCAUUUUGCAGUAUAAACAAAUAGCAAAGCAUUAUGAAAUUAA